CGAGACGGGCGGGUAGAGCGGCCCCGGCGUUGCGCUCGGCGCCCCCUGACGGGCGGGCGUGGCGGCGGCGGUUCCCAUGGAGAUGGAAGAUGGCGCCCAGGGGCCGCCAUCGCUCCUCGGUGCCGCUGCAAAUCCUGCUUUUCCUCAACGGCUGGUACAGCGCCACUUAUUUCCUCCUGGAGGCGUUCGUGUUCGUGUACAAGGUGCUGCUCCUGCCCUAUCCCGUCUCCAACCUGGUGCUGGACGUGGUGCUGCUCCUGCUCUACCUCGGCACUGAGGCCACGCGGAUCUUCUUCGGCUCCAAGGGGAACCUGUGCCGGCGGAAGGUGCCGCUGUCGCUCAGCCUGGCGCUCACGGUGCCGGCGGCGGCGCUGGCCGGCUACUACCUGCUGCUCCAGACCUAUUCCCUGCGCCUGGAAUUCUUCCUGAGCGCCAUCCUGCUCCUCUUCUACGGCCUCGAGCUGCUCCUGGGCCUCCUGGCGCUGCUCUCCUUCUCCAGUGCGGAUCCCUACUGAGGCCACGGCGGGGACACGGCCCAGGGACACAGGGAAGUGUCACCGGUGCCAGCUCCACUUCCCAACCCCAGGAAAGGGAGGGAUUCCACUUUUUCCACAUCUCAUUUCACCUGGACUCAUCCCUCCCACCUUUCCUGCUUCCACCUGGAUACAUCCUUUCCACCUUUUCUGCUCCCAUCUGGACUCAUCCUCCCUCCCACUUCUCCCACUCCCACAUGGACACAUCCCUCCUGCUUUUCCCACUUCCCACCUCACCUGCAGCAUGUGCCAGGGACCUGCUCCCACGCGGACUCACCCCCUCCGAGUUUGUGCCAGCUCAAGGUACGAAGAAUCCUUAUUUUAUUUCUACGCUCUUCCGGAAUAAUUUGCUAUUUUCCAAUAAAUAUUUAUUUUUA